AUGGAGCUGAUCGACUCUGAUGACCAGGACUUUGGUCCACCCUCUCCCCCCAGUUUCAACAACCUCGGUAAGCGCAGCAAGGAGCUCAUGAUUGCGAAUGCCCUAUCGGAUCGACUCGAUUCGGCAAGAACGGUCAAGCGCCUUAAGUUCACCAGCAAGAACCCUCAGCAGGAGUCUCAGACGCAGCUCUGGCAUGAGAGAUUGACGGCAUUCAGAAGUGAGACUCUGUGCAUCGCCGACGCUGAGUCCACAAUGCCAACUGCGCGAGAUAUAGAGCGGUUCAUAAGCUGUAUUUACAAGUAUAUGAAGCCAAACGGUGGCGGUCUCGUCGCCGUGGGCUCUAUAAAGCGCGGCAUAGAGCACACAAUGAAGGCGACCACAUUCUACUUUGCCGACUUCAAAUCGUCGCGCCGUGACAGCAUGCGCAUCGAUUCGCUGCUGCAGACAAUGGUGCUCAAAGACCAGCUCACGAACGAUGCUAAGCGGGAGAAGCAGUGGAUCGGAGCGUACACGGUCGCUCGACUGGUCGACAUCACUUACCGUGAUUCACUGGACAACGGAACUAAGAACUAG